AUGACGGUCGACAUUGCCAACACCUGGCUCGCCAUGGGCUUUCGUCGCUCCCGACUGAAUCGGCACUCGCAAUCGGCGGCCAAGCUCUUACGGGAUGCGGAAAGUGUCGACCAGACACACACUGCGCAUCGGCGGGAUCCUAACGGCCGCAAUGCUGGCAUGGUUCUGGGUAGGAACCACACGGCCAGGGACGAUGAGGCCGGAUCCGGCAUCGAGGGCUCGAUGUCCUACCACGAUGUCGUAUUCCGUGUCACUGCUAUCCCGUACGACUCGAGCAUCUCGCGUGUCGACUUGGGACUCCGACCUUCCCGUGUACGGCGCCAGCGGACGCCGCGUCGCCCGUCCCCCGUUCGUAUCAGACUGAAUCGUACCCCGGCGCGGGAACGAAAACGGGAAUGGGCACCUACAACGACCGAGGUCAUCGGAAGCCGCCGGCGGGUCCUACCAGCGAAACAGCGUAGGACAUCGAUUAGGUCGCCGACCCGUCGAACGAAAGCUUGUUUCCGAUCCAGAGAAACCGGAGUUGUAUUGCGACAGCAGCAUCCGCGAGACUCACCAGUUCCUCCAGAUUACACCGGAUUCCCGGUCAAUAGUAUGAAUUCGGCAUGGCGGACGGCUACGGAUCCCAACACCGGACGGACGUACUAUUAUCACGUGGAAACGAGGGAAACGCAAUGGCGGAAACCCAUGGAAUUGGCUAGUGAAACGGAACGCCAGGAGAUGGAAGAAAAAGAAAGGCGACAGCGUGAUUUCUUUGCGGCAAUGGAAGCCAACAUUCUACGGAAUCUGUCUCAAGAACAGCCUAACAGCAGCAGCGUUUUGUCGAUUGUCGCUGAGAACGAACGAGGGGAAACCAAACAUCCCGAAGGCUUGGCGGCUCCAAUCCAACCUUCCAAACUGUCCCGAGGUGCGUUUGCCCAACGGACUUCUUCCUUGCUACGACCCAAUCUUGUACGAACCAUUUCUACCAUGGACGAAGCCGUCAUCACGGACCUCGUCAAACGCGUUCCUUCCCAUCGUAGUAUUCUACACAGUGAUCCCGACGAAAUCUCUUUUCUACCCCACGACGUCAUGGCAAAAAAUGAGUCCUUUCGACUGGCACGGAAUUCCUCGCAAAUGCUAUCGAUCGACGAAGUUAUGCAAGAGUCGCAAUCGCACGGAUUUAAUUUAGAACAAUUGAAUUUGCAAGAUUCCGGAGUGGUGAAGCGGCGGCAAUCCGACGUGAGCUUGGGACCCGCCAAUGCGGUAACCCUUGCCAAAGAACCUUCCUUUGGUACCAUACUUGGGACGCUACCGGACGAUCACGAUCCCAAUUCGAGGCAGAGCAGUUUUUACGGAAGCUCGGCACUGGACGAAUCUAGUUUCAACUUUGGGUUGUCAACCGAAGAGACCCUAGCUCUACAAAAGCUUGCCGAGGUUUCCAAUAGCAUGUCGCGUCUCAGUUUCGGAGCCUCGCGCGACUUUUUGGGAGAAAUUGGGGAGGAGGAAGACGAAGACGAUUCCGAAUCGAGCGAAAUAGUCAUGACCCGAGGCUCCGCAAUGGUGUUGCCGGAACGACGACUUUCGUCGGAGGCCUGCCUUGCUCCCCGAAAUCGUAACAACCUCUCCAGUUUUCACACGGCACGUAGCCAUUUUGACGCCAGUCAAUCCUCCAUGCCCUCUCUAGCCGAAAUGAACCCGCUGGCGUCUGGUCCGUACUCGUCGUCAACACGCUUUCAAGAUAGCUUAACGGCCUCACGCAACGAGAGGGAACGAGCACUUUUGGAAGGAGACGGUUCGGGACAGCAGUCACCAACGGAAUGGAACGAAUCUACGGCGACGAAUUUAGAGUGGGAUCCCACCGUUGAAGAAAAAGAAGCGGAAGCGUCGCCCAACGCAGUCCGACCGAAAAUUACCCGUGCCAUUAGUAAUAAAAAACCUGCCGAGCUUUUAGCAUCGCGUCCGGGAAUUGGUUCGCGACGAAACACGUGCGGAACGCUCUACGUUGGGAGUACCAUGUCGGAUCCCGACAAGGACGCCUCCAUCAAGUGCGUGUGUGGCGUACUUCGGGCUCAUAUUUUGCAAUCGGAACUGGAAGAGAAUGCCGCGGCUGCUGCUGCGACUGACGAGUAUCGAAUCUUUAACGACCUCGAAUCGCAGCAGAGAUCACUCAAGAAAAAGUUUCGACCGAAUGUUGACUUUGUCGUGAAGCCGCCUCCGCCAUCCCUCGAGGACAUAAGCACGUUCUACCGGGAUGUCUUUACCCGGGCCCAAAUGGAAACGGAUUGUAUUAUUAUGAGUCUAAUUUACGUGGAACGGUUGGUCAAAGUCACGGAUGGAAAGCUUCGGCCACACCAGAGCAACUGGCGCUCCAUUCUGUUUAGCUGCAUGGUGCUCUCCAGCAAAGUCUGGGACGAUAUGUCAAUGUGGAACGCCGACUUUAGUCAGACCUGCCCAGCGGGCAUCGAAUUCACUUUACAGCGGAUCAACGCUUUGGAGGUGGCCGUGCUGUCUGCGCUGUCGUACGAAGUGAAGGUACCGGCUUCGGAAUACGCCAAGUACUACUUUUUGCUACGAUCCAUGAUAAUCAAGAGCGGUUUGGGGGGCCAAGAUUUGAUGAAAAAUCCGCUCGACAUUGAGGGCGCCCGGCGCUUACAGGCCGUCUCGGAGCGCUACCAAGUCGGUGUUUCCAAACCGGGGGGCCUCGCCAACUUUCGAUCGAAGAGUGUGGGUGCCACCGUCGCGUUGGAAGGCAGCUCGAACAAGGUCACCGCAAUCGAACAGCCCUCACAGAAGAAGAUUGGCUUGGAGCACGUAAUGCGCAUGUAA